AUGAGCAAGUACACUGCUCUUGAUCGCAUCAAGGCUUUUCCAAAAUAUGUUAGCCAUUAUAGUAGAAAGAAUAAUCCCAACAGAGUAUACUUAGAUCACGACGUUUUCAUCUCUUCUCUGUACAAAGAUUUUUACCUUGACUGGUGUAAAGAUAAAAACAUUACACCAGUAAAAGAAGAUAUGUAUAGAAGGAUAUUCUGUAAUGAAUACAAUAUCGGCUUUAAACUUCCAAAAAGAGAUACGUGCCAUACAUGUGACUGCCUAAAUAUUUUGAUCCAGACAGAAGACCUUCAUCAUAGGCGAGCAGCUGCCAUGCAGAACAGCUUGAGAGAGGAAGUGGAAUCAGCCAAAACUAAUGGGGAUAAAAUUGUGCUUACUUUUGACUUACAACAAACACUUCCUACACCAAGUUUAACUGUUGGUCCUGCCUUUAAUUUGCGAAAGACUUGA